AAGGAAAUCCGUGGAGUCUGGAUCGAGUUGGAGAUCAAGAAGUGAAUAAAAACUUAUCGAAUCGAUAGUGCCGUUGGAUUUUAGUCGGCUAACGGAUAUUUUGGAAAUUCCGAUAAUUUCUCCCCGCGUUGAACGAUACCGGGGAGUCGGUGGAGGCCAGUAAAAGGUGGCAUGCAGACAAUAGCUUGAACGACGUAGUGAGACGACGUUUAGAAGGCAGCCAUCUUGCAAUCCCUAAUCAAAGAUCCUUGGCUAGCGGGUUUCGUUGUCUGGGUUUCAGCCAGUUUAUAUCAAUACACAGUCCAUCAAAUGGCUUUAAAACGAAUUAAUAAGGAACUCCAGGAUCUGGGAAGGGAUCCACCUGCACAAUGCUCCGCUGGUCCAGUAGGAGACGAUUUAUUCCACUGGCAGGCCACCAUAAUGGGACCACCCGAUAGUCCAUACCAGGGAGGAGUAUUUUUCUUAACAAUUCACUUCCCAACAGACUAUCCAUUCAAGCCUCCUAAGGUUGCUUUCACAACCAGAAUCUAUCACCCCAAUAUCAACAGUAACGGAAGUAUCUGCUUGGAUAUACUAAGAUCGCAGUGGUCGCCAGCACUUACUAUUUCAAAGGUGUUGCUGUCAAUAUGUUCUCUAUUGUGCGACCCAAAUCCUGACGAUCCACUGGUGCCAGAGAUAGCAAGGAUAUACAAAACCGACAGGGAGAAGUAUAACGAAUUGGCACGCGAAUGGACGCGCAAGUAUGCCAUGUGAUGCGCCAAUUCUCGUUUACCUUAACAUCUAAACGCCACGUCUGUCAGCAAACAACCCCAGCCAUCAUUAUGCCACUAACCGAUCAACACCGAUUCAACCUAGCAGCGGCCUGUCUCUUUUUAUACGUUCGCACUGCCACCCAAGCUUGUAGAACACGUUCGGACCAGUCGUGACCAGUUGUGAUCAAUAUGAUCUGUUCUCCCUUCGCGUCCUGAGAAUAGCCAGUGGGUUUUAAGACGAUGCCGCGGCGACAGCAGCAGUUGAGACAAUUAAGAAUUUUUAAUAGGUGGUCACACACUCACACUCACGCAAGAUACACAUUUUCACACAAAUAAGCCAAAACACUACACGCGAACGUACACACACACACACACACACACACACACGCAAAGAUCCUCUCUCCCUGACCGAAUAUUAUUGGAAUAAUUAAACACAUGUGAAACAGGAAAGAAACAAGGAAGAGAAAUAAAUAAAGACAACAUCAACAACAACAACAUCAACAAAAACAACAACAACAACAAGUAAUAUCGAUUAAUAAUAUCUGCUUUGAUUUUCGUAAAUAAAUUAAAUUAAAAUAACCAAAUAUAGGAAAGUAAAAGUAGGAUUUGUAUUUGAACUUGAGAUACUACUGUUUCUAAUAAUUGUGCUUAUAUGAUAUUAUGAUAUUGUACACCUACUUUCUUGGUAAAAGAUGAAAAAACGAAAAGAUAUAGGCAACAAAAUGAAUAAACUACACAAUAUUUAAAGAAAGGAGAGAAACAAAACAAGCGAUUUAACAAGUAAUGAAAAAGCAAAAAUAAAAAAAAAAAAACCUCGACUGACAACCUGCUGAUUGUUAGUUUUUCGACGUGUAACGGAAGCGACAUUUGCCCGUCCUUUUAAAUGUGCGGUGAUUUCUACUUUUUUUUUUUUUUUUUUUUUCUCUUGUAAGACUGGGCUUCUAUAUAUAAAUACUACUGAAACUAUACCUAUAAAUUUUGUUUCAUUAUUCAAAUUCCUCCACCCGUUUAACGAUGUUCCGAUGAUAAAAAAUCAUUCAACUGUAUCCGUAUCGAGUUAUACAUACAUACAUACAUACAUGCAUACAUUAGUAAUACGUUCAUUUACACUCAACUGCCAUAAAGAUAAUAAUAAUAAUGAUAAUAGUUAACGAGCGGUUUGCCUGCAGAUGGCCAGUUGCAACGUCUGAAACUGUACGUCGGGUCCUCGCGAGAAGUCAUACGCGGAUUUUUCACGCGUGUCUGCCGCAUUUCUUGCGAUACAAAAUUAAAAAAUCAUUCGGUAUCAACACCCUGUGUCCCCGUCCCCCUCAAACCACCCUAUCAUUAAUGUAGACUCCUUGUGUUUUUCACCUUAAAUAGCGUAGAGUAAUUUUUCCGUUUAGCGUAUGAUCUUUCGUUUUACAUGCAAUUCAUUUUUUUUUUCCUAUUCUCAUUUUUUUCUUAUUUUUUAGACUUUGCUUGGAAUGAGCAAACCUUUCAUCCACAAUAUAAUUGAAAAAAAAAAAAAAAAUGACGUUUAAAAAAUCUAAAAAAAAAAAGAAGUCGUAGUAUACAAUAUUAUAUUAUAAUACACAGUAUAUGAUUUGUAAUUUGCCCAUGUUUUUAAAUAGCAAUUAACAAUGUAUAUGUAUAGUGAUGAGAUAUGUGUAUCAAUUUUAAUUAUUGUCACAGGUAUUCGCAAAACUUUGUAUUUUAUAAUUAUAUAUAUAUAUAUAUAUAUAUUGUGGUUGUAAAGGAUGAUAAAAAUGAUGAUUAUGAUUAUAAUGACAAUGAGAUGGUGAUAAUGAUGAGGAUGAUGAUGAUGAUUUAACAUGAAAAAAGUAAUCUCUUUGUUCGUUUCUCAACAAUGAAAAAUACAUGUAUCCAACGUUCUCGCGAUCAUACGGACUUGUAAGUGAUAAUAAUUACUGGAAAAAAUUUAAAAAUAUUCAAAAAAAACAAAAUAAAAUAAAUAAAUUUAAAAAAAGAAUAUGAAAUAAUGAUAAAUGGAUAUGCUCAUCAAAAUAGCGUUUAUCAUUUUAGAAAGACAUACGUUGUACACUAAAUAAGACUAUUUAAAACCAUGUAAUAAUCGUACACAAUAGAAUACCUUAGCGUCUUUAAACAGUGUUAUUUCGAUCCUCGCGUUCAUGUCAAAGAACCUACUAUACUUAUAUAUGUUUUAAAUAUGGGCGUUGGGUUCAAUUUUCACCUACCCCCGGCUUGGUGAAAAUAAUUGAAUGUAAAUUUGCGAAUGGCUUGUUUUUUUUUUUUUUUUGUUCUGUUUGAAAUAAUAGCCUUCCGAUGAAAACAGGUGAUAUUUGCAUAUAUACAUGUAUAACUGCGUCGCGACUCGCGUGUAUAACUGAAUGUAUUUUACGUUUAAAGCUAGGAUUUAUAAAUCGAAAGUUGACUCGAGUUGGUGCGAAGAGAUAAAAGGCAGGUUUCUUGUUGUUGCCCUACAUGGUUUUUCUUUUUUCAUAACUGUGAGGUUAAUAAAGGAAAGAAAAAUAUGGAAAAGAAAUGGAAAAUUCAUUUGAACGAAGAAUUAAUAUUAUUACUAUUCGAAUUAAACGAUGCAAGAUAAUGCCUACUUUGUAUGUAAAAGCGGAUAGUAAGUUCAUUGGGAUUUCGAUCUUUUCUCUGAUCGAACGAUGAUAUUAACAUACAUAUUACGUAUAGUUAACUGUAAUUUAAUUCUUUUUUCUGUAUUUUUUUUCUCCCCUACCCCCUUUUGAAUCAAACGCGGCAACGUAUAGGUAUUUAAAAAAAAAAACUUUCUCCUCCAUUGAUAAUUGUUCGUUCUGUAAUGAAGAUGAGAAACAA